GCAGCGUGGUGGUGAGAAGGAGGAAGGAAAACUCAAACAGGUCGGGACUUUUAAUUAUCAUUACCCUGACGUGCCUGUAGGAUUACUUUGCAAAUCUGAAGAAAGAACCAUCUGACAGACUCUAGAGGAAAAAAACGUCUUUUUUAAGGUAAAAUGAAUGCUCAGGAAACAAAGGUGGUGCUGUCACUGGAUGCUGAUGCAGUGGACUUGCUCAAAGAAGGAGUCAAUUUCAAGAAAAACCCAGUGGAUGGUCAUUGUUACAUCAUAUACAAGAGCAAAAAUGGCUUUAAAGCAUGCAAGAAUCAGUGCAAACAUCAAGGCGGGUUAUUCAUCAAAGAUAUUGAGGACCUGGAUGGCAGGACUGUUAAAUGUACCAAACAUAACUGGAAGUUAAAUGUGUCAACAAUGAAAUACGUGAACCCGCCUGACAGUUUCUUACAAGAUGAGCUUGAGGUGGAGGUCUUGGAUAAUGGUGGGCUUCAGCUGGUGGAACUGAGCCCAGUUGAUCCUUGGCUGGCUGAACCAAGAGAGCCUCUGGAGCUCCAGGAAGGAGAAGUAAAAGUAACAUACAUUACCCAUGCCUGCAUGGAGCUUCAGCUCGGACAGAAGCGGUUCAUGUUCGACCCCUGGCUGACAGGUCCUGCUUUUGCCAGAGGCUGGUGGCUUCUCCAUGAGCCUCCAGCUGAUUGCAUGGACAGACUGUGUGCAGCAGAUCUAAUCUACAUCAGCCAUAUGCACUCAGACCACCUCAGUUACCCCACUCUGAGAAUCUUGUCAAAGAGGAGGCCAGAUGCUCCUAUAUAUGUUGGGGAAACAUCCAGGCCAGUGUUUUGGUAUUUGGAGCAAAGCCAAGUCAAGCUGACCAAUAUUAAUGUUGUUCCUUUUGGUGUUUGGCAAAACAUUGACGAACACCUGAGAUUUAUGAUUCUGAUGGAUGGUGUGCAUCCAGAAAUGGACACGUGUAUCAUUGUUGACUAUAAGGGUCACAUGAUCCUCAACACCGUGGACUGCACCAGGCCAAAUGGAGGCAGACUACCUCAAAAUGUGGAUUUGAUGAUGAGCGACUUUGCUGGUGGGGCAUCAGGAUUUCCUAUGACCUUCUACGGGGGGAAAUACAGUGACUCCUGGAAGGCAGAGUUCAUUAAGACCGAGAGAAAGAAGCUACUGAACUACAAAUCUAUGCUGGUGAAAUCCCUCCAGCCGAGGAUCUACUGCCCUUUUGCUGGUUAUUUUGUGGAGGCUCAUCCGUCAGACAAGUACAUAAAGGACACAAAUGUUAAAAACCAUGCAGAGGACCUCAAUGCACUCAUCAAUAAGCUUGCACUGGACAUCAAGACAUGGACGCCUAAGCCAGGGGCUGUGCUGGACCUCGCCCUCGCUCUGAAAGACCCAACUAACAGCGAGGCCAUCACUAACCCCCCAGCCAAUACAAAAAUCUACAAGGACAGCUGGGAGUUUGAGUUGUAUGUGGAUGAACUGAACAGCGCCAUCGGCUGUGAGAUAUUUAAAUAUCAUAGUUGGAUCCAGUUUUAUUACACUUGGGCAGGCUUUCAAAAGUACAACCUUGUUGUGCGGGUGAUUGAAACUGAUGACGACUUUGAGCCCCUCACUGAUGGUUACGACUAUCUGGUGGACUUUUUGGACCUGUCAUUCCCAUCCAGUAGGCCUGACAGAGAACACUCCUAUCUAGAGAUUAAGAACAGGGUUGGCGUGAUGAGGUCCGUGGUGCUGCAUGGCCGCCUCUGGGAUGAUCUGUACAUCGGCUUUCAGAACCGCAUCAGCCGAGACCCGGACAUUUACCACCACAAGUUCUGGAAUCACUUCCAGAUAGAGCUACCACUUUGCAAGCCAGACUGGGACCAGUUUCUGCAGCAGGUGACCCCCAUCCAGGACACAGAGACAGCGUAUGAUGAGUCUGGGAUAUUGAGCUACUGUACAGUGUUAUAGAUGUGCAAUGUGCAUUUAAGAUGAUGUGAUGUUCUUAAAUUUGAAACUACUUAUAUUUUUAAGCUGGUUACUGUUCCCAAAAGAUUGGGGUGCUGUGUGUAAUAAUUUAGGAAAUCUUAAUAAUGACUAAUUUAUUCACAAUUGAACAUAGAAAACAGAUCAAAUGUUGAAAGUUAUAAGUGAUAGGGAGCCAUACCGUUUAAGGCUUAAAAAACAAGUAAUAAAAUUUUGUACAAAGUCUUAAAAAUAAUGCCAGAGAAGUUAGGUUUAGGAAUAACUGCCAGUGCCAGUUAACCUAUCGUUUCCUCCCUGUAAGCAACUGAGCAGACAGACAAAUAACUUCCUUGUCGAUCAGGAAAUGGCUUCAUCAUAGAUGAAGGUCUCUUAGCAACAUAUUAGAGAUGACAAUUUUUUCUAUUAUAAAAAUGUGAUAAGUAAUGGGUUUGCCAUAUAGAGUAUCAGAAUAAACACUACAUAUUCUAAAACUGUAAACCUUGUGGAUGGGAUAGAAAUGCUUUUUGAGAAAUUUUGGACCACCUAAAGGGAAAGCUAUUGAUCACAAUUUACUCCACAACAUUAGAAACUACUGUUCACAAGAAAUUGUAAUAUGCAUCUGUAAUAGAGCUCAAGAGUGUGCCUGGAUUUACUGAGACGCAGAACUUCAGGAUCAAGAAACGUGUGUGUGUGUGUGUGUGAGAGAGAGAGAGAGAGAGGAUAGCUCAGGGUGAUGGAGAAACAGUUUCAUGUUCAACUAGCUUUGAGGGUGGUGUGAGGAUUAGAAACGUCCUAGUGUGUAGGGCACUUGUUUUUAAUGCUUCAGAGUCUAACUGAAGUCAAACCUUAUUAUCCUUGGUGGCUGACAGAGAACGAUAAAGAGCUGGUGUGUUCUGUGUAGAGCAGUGGUGUAGUGGUUAUGUGGUGGGAGUUUGGUCUGAAAGACCUAGGUUCAAGUCCAUUACUGAACCAUUAUUACUGAUUUCCCAAUAGGUAUACAUGAAUAUAGCUUAUGAUUAUAAAUUUAUAUCUGCAAACACAUAUGCCUGUUUCUAGAUGAUAAGUCAGUGGCUGAGCAGCUCAGCUGGCAAGGCUUCCAACUCUCAUACAGGAGACCAGAGUUCAAACCUACUAUGGGGGCCCCUAAAUGCUACGGCAAGGGGGAGCCAGGACGUCGGGACACAAGGCGGAGUUAAUUCCCCCCUUGAAAUUGUUCGUUGUGCAUUAGGGAUCUAUCAACACAGAUGACACCUGUGACAGAAUGAAAUGCAAUCAUGUAUAUGGCUCAAAAUGGAAAUACACAUACAGGCCUUUGGGGUUGUUCCUCUGAUGUAUAAAUUUAUAUGUCUGUACCUUGUAAUGUGUUGUAACACAGGUGUCAUCCUAAGUUGAUAUAUCCCAUUAGUUUUUCUUUUUUUAACCAUUUCCCUAAACCAUAAGCUGCAGUUCUGACUCUCCUCUCUCACCUCCCUCCCUCCCUCCCUUCCUUCCAUUACAGUUUGACUACUUCCUUGCUCUUCUAUCUUACCUUUUUGUAGUAUUGGCAUUUAUUGUGUUUCGUUCAUUAUUUUGUACAAACUAUCCAUGCACAAAUGUGUCAUCAAAGUUGUGCUUCUUCCUUUCAGUAACUGUAAAUUAGUUUGCUGUCAUGUCAAAGUUGUUUAAGGGUUAUUAGUGCUUCUUGCUUGUCUGUCAUGAGAAUAAAACAUGUGAUUGAUGUGU